AUGUCGUCAUCUAAAAUCACUCUCAUCAUUGAGCCACGGGGCAAACCCAUUCGCAGACUCCCCAAGGAGGUCACUGUUGCGCUCAAUUCCUCCGGUGAGGACCUGUACAAUCUCCUCGCUGAUGUCUCUGGCUCUUCUGUCCACCGUUUGCGCAUUACCAAGGGAAGUGACCGCAGCGUUGUGCCCAAUGCGAAGACCACUGCCAUCAAGGACACUGGUCUGCGGGAGUCAAGCGUCAUUCAUGUCAAGGAUCUGGGUCCCCAAAUCGCGUGGCGUACCGUCUUCAUCAUCGAGUAUCUUGGUCCGCUCCUCAUCCCGGCACUGUUCCUUUUCUCUCUCCGCCCACUUGUGUACUUCAAUUUCGACCAGCUUCCCGAGCCAUCCGAGACACAGCUCCUGGUCUGCGCCCUUCUGACCAUCCACUUCCUUAAGCGCGAGUAUGAGACAGUCUUCGUGCACCGCUUUAGCAAUGCCACCAUGCCUGUUCGCAACAUCAUCAAGAACAGCGCCCAUUACUGGGCCCUGGCGGGGUUCAAUAUCGCGUACUGGGUCUUCCGCCCGGAUGCCGCCGCGGCCAGCGCGACCCCCAACCCUGUCCUCGUGUACGCCGGUCUUGCGCUGUUCGUGUUUGGCGAGCUGGCCAACUUCAACGCCCACUUGAUCCUGCGAGAUCUCCGUCGCCCGGGUACCACCGAUCGGGGCAUUCCCUCUGGAUUCGGAUUCAAUCUCGUGACCUGCCCCAAUUAUAUGUUUGAGAUUAUCGCUUGGCUGGGCGUGUUCCUGGUCAGCCAGCUGAGCUGGAGUGUGUUACUCUUUGUGACUGUUGGUGGUAUUCAAAUGUGGAGCUGGGCAUGGAAGAAGGAGAUCCGCUACCGUAAGGAUUUUGGUGACAAGUACAAGAAGAAGCGUACCGUCCUUCUCGCUGGUAUCUGCUAA